GGCUGCUAAUGCCACGCUAUCAGCCCACAAUGUUUAUUCCCUCCUGGUGUUGUUUGAUUUUAAAGAGCAGCCACCUGGAAUUGCUUCGGUGUCUGCAAUUUUCAAACCAACACUCUGCGAAGAUGAAAAGGAUGUGCUGGCUCUUUUGACUUUAUGAAUUGAAAGUAAAAGACAAGUAGUUGUAACAAGUUAAGUUAACAAGUUAAGUUUCAUUUUGUUAUUAAGUUCUUUAGAGAAGUAACGUAAACUGAUAUAGAUGGCCAAAAGGUGACUCGUCCCAUUGGAACCUUAAGUUAUACCUUAACAACAUUGAGGAUUCUGACCACAGAUUGGGUGUUCCUGUAUGCUUUUCAGAUGAUAAAGAUUUCCUUCGGCAGAAGAAACUAGACUUAAACAAACUUACUGUGGAUAAUUUACAGCCCAAAGAAAAGGUAGCUAUCCGCAGUCGUCUGCAACUGAUUUAUCCCGCUCAGCCAGACCAGAGCUCUAAGCGUUAUCAUCUUGAAAAGGAAAACGAAGAUCUCAAAUUGAAAAUUCGGGAGCUGGAAGAACAGCUAAAAGACAGUACAAAUAGCACAAUGGAAGAUUGUAAAACUAAAAUCUCUACUUUGGAAGAGGAACUUGAUCAAAUGGCGCUCCAGCUAGCAGACCGCGGGAAUGCGAAGCAAUUGAGCUUCGCGAAAAGCUGGAGUCCUUAGAAAAAAGAAAGCAGUCUGACGAUACAAUGAAUCAACUAGCGUCAAGGUUCCAGGAAAAUAUGGAAAAGCUUCAGGCAAUCGUGGAUCAGCAUCAAACUAAUUUUUCAAGUACCCCAUCUCGAAUGUCUGCUUCGGCAAGUAGCAGCCCGCGCGGAUGUAAUCCGGAUGAAGUGAUGGUUCCUUUUCACGGCAACAUUUCAAUUACUCGUGCCUCAAUGCGAAGAAUUUUGAUUGCUGCGAGACUUGGAAAAACUGAAAAGGACUUAAAUAACACAGUUACCACAAUAUUGGAUGCUUUUUAUUCUCCUGCCGAGCUUGCUGAAUAUUCGAGGACAGGUAAAGUUUGCCCAACAAAGCCUGGAACACUGCCAAAAAAGAAAUUUCCUGAGGAUAUCUUGAAUGCCAUAUCAGGUUUCAUUACAAGCCGUUGGUCGACGUGGCACGAAGGCGCAGUUGUCGAGGAAGCUACCGUUCAUGCUGCCGUCGGCCAUCGCCUACUUGGAUGCCACACGAACACCCGCAAAAGAAAACUGAGGCAUCCUGACUUAAAUGUGGAUGACAUUCUCAACGAAGAAUUGACUAGGGCCAACGACAGCUUGGGUAUGUAAUAAAGGCUAUGUGCAGUAAAGUCCGUUCGUAUUUUAAUCCAGAUGAUCGUUUUACCUGAUGAGGUUAAUUUAAACUUGUGUUUUCUUUACGUUUUAUUUCGCGUUACGUGAUUUGCAUAUGCAUUUCGUUUAGAGUCAAAACCAGUUUUCUUUAACUUGUAUGUGUGUUUUGUAUACUUAUGUACAAUG